GUAUCUGUGUUAUGUCGUACAUUUUGUUGGAACAUUGCAAUGUUAUAAAUUUGUGACGGUUUUGUAGAUUGAAAAUUGUUAAAAGAUUAUUUUAUUUUUCCUUAUCAAGCCAAAAAAACUUCUAAUUGUUAUAUAUAAGUUUGGAACAUUAAAUUUCACUGACAAUGCAGAUAUCUACUUUUUUUCUGUCAACUAUAACAUUUGCGGUAGCCAGUAUAGUUACGGGAAAUGCAUUUUGUAAAAAAAAACAAUUUUACCCAUCGGUUGUGUACAUUACCAAGUCCAAUACUUCGAUGGCAGUUAUCUAUGUGCAGUUUUUUGUUAUGGUCUUUGUGUUUGGCAAAUUGUUGAGAAAGAUAUUUUUGGGAACAUUAAGGUCAACGGAAUUUGAACACUUAUUAGAAAGAUUUUGGUAUGCCUUAACGGAAACAUGUUUGGCAUUUACUGUAUUUCGAGAUGAUUUCAACCCACGCUUUGUAGCCUUAUUUACGGUAUUACUAUUUCUCAAAUCUUUUCAUUGGCUAGCUGAAGAAAGAGUUGACUUUAUGGAACGCAGUCCAGUUUUAGGAUUGGUAUUUCAUGUGCGAGUUUUAAGCUUACUAGUGAUUUUGGGUUUUAUGGACUAUUGGCUUCUUCAACAUGCAUACACUUCAACAAUAAAUCGUGGACCGACUGUACAGCUGGUGUUUGGAUUUGAAUAUGGGAUACUAUUGACAGUAAUAGCAAACAUAGGAAUUAAAUAUUUGCUACAUGCUGCUGAAAUGCAAACAGAAAAUUCUUGGGAAAACAAGGCUGUAUUUCUUUUGUAUACAGAACUUAUAAUUGGACUUAUUAAAGUUCUCUUAUAUGUGUUUUUCGUAGUUAUUAUGGCUAAAAUAUACGCUUUGCCAAUGUUCGUAUUUCGGCCAAUGUUCUUUACAAUCAGGAGCUUUAAAAAAGCCCUAAGUGAUGUCAUUAUGUCAAGAAGAGCUAUACGAAAUAUGAACACUCUCUAUCCAAAUGCUACUCCCGAAGAACUACAACUAUCAGAUAAUAUAUGUAUAAUUUGCAGGGAAGACAUGAUCGUCAAUUCUAAGAAAUUACCAUGCGGGCAUAUUUUCCACACAAGUUGUCUUCGUUCAUGGUUCCAACGUCAGCAAACAUGUCCAACAUGCAGACUCAACAUUCUCCACAACAACAACAUAAGUGCAUCUACCCAAAGAGAAAAUCCAGCAGGUUUUAUCAAUUCACAACUUAUUGAUCAUUUAAGAAGAAAUGAAUCAAGUCAUAAUACAGCUGUUCCCACUGUUGACAGAGCAGCAAUGCAAAUUCCGCAAACCCCUGUGGUCAUUCCCACACCCGUACCGUUUCUUACUAAUUUUUCAGAUCCACCUCCAACAAUGCCAACAAAUUUAAGUUUGUUAUCUGAUGAAGAGUUGAGAACUUUGGAGGGUUCCGAAAGAUGCCAUAUUGAAGAGCGCUUAAAGGUUUUAGGAAAUAUCAAACUAUUACUGGAAACUUCCGUCGUUCUUAUGAACCAAUAUACUUCGGUAAGUGAUUACAACUCUACCGCAGAGCUGGAAAAAAAAAUUGACCUAGAUGAUGUAACAUUAAACAUCAAAGUACGGACGGAUUCGAAUGAUUCCAAAACUUCUGAAAAUAAAAAUGAUUUAGUUUUAUCGAAUGCAAGCGUAAGUGAUGUGAAAAUUGAAGACAUUGAUGGGGAUGAUCUAAAUAUAGUUAGUACUGAUGCAGAUGAAAUUAAUUCCCCAGCCUUAAUUGAAUUGCGGAAUAAAAGAAUGAAGUUUUUGGACGGCACAACACAUAUACAAUCUGAUAUUUAAAAUUUAUAUGAAUAAAUAAAAUUAUUACCAAAUUUUUGCUUCAGCUAA